AGAUAGUACUGUACCGUAUCUUUUAUCAGCGUCUGAGGCGACUGACAGAGCAGAGCCAGCUGUGCUUGACACAACCGAGCUACGUCUGGAAGAAAAAGUCACAUGCGUGGUUGAAUGCCGGCCAAUCGAUGCGAACCAGCGAAUCCAAAAGGAACUUCCUUCCUUUUGCCAGCAUUUUUCUUUUCGUCUCAUAAUCAAAUUCUCUCUCCAAUUCCACCACCUCCACAACACGUCCAUUACUUCAUCAUCGCUCUUUGGUUGUCGACAUCACCUACUUGCAAUCUGUUUUGUAUUGUCCGCCGACACAUUCCAAGCUGUUGCCAGACCCGUGGGAUAAGAGCAGCCAUCACUCAUCCAUCACAUCGUUGUUCAGUCUUGCAACGGUGGAAAACAAGUGCCAUCAUCGAGAAUCGGUGCAUCUCCGUGUGUGAACCGUCGCAAGAGCCAAAGCCCAUCAUCGUGCCGUAAGAGCGCCGUCAGCUAACUAGUAGCCAGCUAGCUAUUCGCCAUCAAAAACUGCAUACCGUAGACAUCAAGCAAGACCGAGAGCCAUCAAAAUUUCCAUUUUCUGAUCGGUUAGUCAGUUUGGAUCAAUCAAAAGCCAUUGAGAAACACAGCAGCAUUGCAAGAGUUUCGAAUCUCCUGUCAAGCCGUUUCCACAAUCUUGAACUAUCAUUCUGAAUCAAGCAAUCCAUCCAAGAAAUCCACCAUGAUGUCUCAAAACAGAUCACAAAAGCAACCACGCCAAGCACUCUACGUUGCCUUGGUGUGUUCCUUGAUGGGUAUCACUCAAGCUACCAGAUCCCCUAUAGUCGCAUUUGCUGCAUCUCAAGAAAAGAGAACCACUCUCAAGCGAGAACGAGAUUCCAGCGUUCGACUCUUCUCUCGAGGACCCGAUACACAACUUUCUGCUGCUACGUUAGGCUGGUCGCUCAUGGAAUCAUCCACCACCACCACCAUGGACGCCUUUGAACCCGACUUUCAACCGUCUUCGUCGUCCUUGUUCAACUCGGACUUUUGGGGCCCUGCGCCCAUUACCUUGCCACAAGAAUACUCCCAACCUUCUGUUAUCGACAGUGUCGACAACCUCAAGAUCUACUGCGACUUGGACGGCGUAUUGUGUGACUUUCGAGCGGGUGUGGAAAAGGUGUGCCAAAAGACACCCGAGGAACUGCCCAAAGAAACCAUGUGGCAAAAGAUUGAGCAAUCCAACAUACCCUUCUUUGCCCAACUACCAUGGAUGAAGGAUGGCAAGCAACUAUGGAAUGCCAUCAAGGUAUACAAACCAACCAUCCUCACGGGAGUUCCCAACUUGCAAGAUUCCUGCUCCGACAAGUACCAAUGGUGUCGCGAGAAUCUUGGCAUGGAAGGGUACAAUCACGUUGACAUGGCAGGACGUGGAUUCCUGCAUUCCAAUGUCAAUGGAGCCCGUCAAUUGGAGCAGAAGACCAACAUUAUCACUUGUUGGUCGUACAACAAACACCACGAGAGUGGAGCCAAUGCCGUCCUCAUUGAUGAUCGGAUAGAACUGCAAGCCAAAUGGGAAGCCGCGGGAGGAAUCUUUGUCCAUCACACCAACACCAAGUCGACAUUGCGCAAGUUGAAGGCUUUGGGUCUAUUGGAGGACGCCCUGCGCCCUUGAGCAAGCAAGCUAGGACUUGUGUACUCCAAGGGUCGACAUACAACCCUCGCCAGCAGCUGCCCAAGCAUGAAGAAAAACGAGCUGCGCCCUUGCAUACUAUUCACACGAUCUUUUUUACGAUAGAAUGAAUGAAUCACAUAUAACAAAUAGACAAUGACAUAGUUUCAACCUACGA